UCUUUUCUUUACUCUUUUUCUUAUGUUUGUUAUCCUAAGUUUGAUAUUUGUCACUUCUUUAUUAGUCUAUGCUUACUUUAGCUUGGCUCACUUUCAAAAAGUGUUGCCUUUUAAAAACAACAUACUUGUCCUGACAGCUCACCCUGACGACGAGUGUAUGUUCUUUGGACCUACUCUUACUUCACUUAGGACCUUAACAAAAGCACGCGUGCAUAUCUUGUGUUUAUCUACAGGCAAUGCUGAAGGACUUGGCCAUAUACGCAAAAAAGAACUGUCCAAAAGCUGUCAAACAUUUGGUAUUCUACCCAGCCACAUUAAAUCCAUAGAUCACCCUCAAUUGCAAGAUGGCAUGCAAAACCAAUGGAGUCCUGAGUUGAUAUCGCAUACCUUAAAGGAUUAUGUGACUAAACAAAAGAUUGAUACAAUCAUUACUUUUGAUAAUCAUGGUGUUUCUGGACAUGCUAAUCAUAUUGCGUUGUAUUACGGAGCCAAGCACUUUGUACAACAACACACUAAUAUAACAUUGUAUUCUCUUGAAUCAGUCUCUUUGAUUCGUAAAUAUAUUGGGUUUGCUGAUCUAAUAGUGCCUAAAAAGCAAGGUUCUAUUCAACUUGUGUCUCCUCCUAUUGCUUAUUUAUUGACACAUAAAGCAAUGCGUCAACACACAUCUCAAUUGGUUUGGUUUCGAUGGUUAUAUGUCACUUUUUCGAGAUUUAUGUAUGUCAAUGAUCUUGUAAAAGAAGAGUUGUAAUUGGAAUAAAACAAACAAGAAAAUUUUUUUUAGUAUUUUUUUUUAGUAAAACCCAUCCAUCCUUCAACUUUAUUAACAAUAGCGUUUGUUUAAAUCUACCUUUUUUUCUUUUCUUUUCCUUUACUCUCUUUCUCUUUUUUUUUUUU